AUGCCAUCGCCACCGACGACGACAUCUCUCUCGGUGACACAAACCAUAAACGGAUCGCACAGCUUCACAAUCAAAGGCUACUCUUUAGCCAAAGGAAUCGGGAUCGGAAAACACAUCGCCAGCGACACUUUCACCGUCGGUGGUUACCAAUGGGCAAUCUAUUUCUAUCCCGACGGGAAGAAUCCCGAGGAUAAUUCCGCUUAUGUCUCCGUUUUCAUUGCUUUGGCUAGCGAUGGUACCGAUGUUAGGGCUCUUUUCGAGCUUUCUUUGCUUGAUCAGAGUGGGAAAGGGAAGCAUAAGGUUCAUAGCCACUUCGAUCGUGCUCUUGAGAGCGGUCCUUAUACACUCAAGUAUCGUGGAAGCAUGUGGGGCUACAAACGCUUUUUUAGAAGGCUUAUGCUGGAAACAUCUGAUUUUCUCAAGGAUGAUUGUUUGAAAAUUAAUUGCACCGUUGGAGUUGUGGUCUCAGAAAUAGAUUGUCCACGGUUACAUUCUAUUCAUGUCCCUGCAUCUGAUAUUGGAUCUCAUUUCGGGAUGCUUUUGGAGAAUGAAGACGGUUCAGAUAUAACUUUUAAUGUCUCAGGUGAAAAGUUCCGUGCUCACAGGCUGGUAUUGGCUGCUCGAUCUCCCGUCUUUGAAAGCGAGUUUCUUGAUGUUACUGGAGAAGAAGAUUGUGAUAUCGAAGUUACUGACAUGGAACCUAAGGUUUUCAAGGCUUUGCUCCACUACAUAUACAAGGAUGCUCUCAUCGAAGAUGCAGAGUCAGCUUCAUCGUCCGGUUCAUCUGUUGGUCCUUCUGCCUCAGAUUCAUUAGCUGCAAAGCUGCUAGGAGCCGCUGAUAAAUACAAGUUGCCUAGACUCAGCUUAAUGUGCGAGUCAGUACUCUGCAAGGAUAUAUCCAUAGAGUCAGUUGCAAAUAUUUUGGCGCUUGCUGACCGCCACAAUGCUUCAGCCUUGAAAUCUGUUUGUCUGAAAUUCGCAGCAGAAAAUCUCAUUGCUGUUAUGAGGUCAGAAGGGUUUGACUAUCUAAGGGAACACUGUCCAUCACUUCAGUCUGAGCUUCUGAAAACAGUUGCGGGAUGCGAAGAGGAGUUCAGCGGAGGAGGAGGAGGGAAGACGAGAAGCGUGUGGGGCCAAUUCUCAGACGGUGGAACCGACACAAAUGAGAGAAGUGGAAGGCAACAACAGGCAUGGGGAGAGAUAAAUGGGGGAGGAGCAGAGAGAAGCCAGAGUGUUUGGGUCCAAGUCGUGAACGCUAAUGCAAGCGGUAGAAACAAUAAUGACAACAACAAUAACAGUGAUGAUCCCAUGGCAGAAGAUUGA